AUGUCCCGUUCUAAGGAUCCCAGCGCAACGGGCGACUGCCCGUCGCUGCCUUGGAGAGCGCUUUCUGCUACGACGAUACUUGGUGUUGCUGCAUUGUGUCGCUCAUUUCUAUUCAUGUGCAACAAUACAGAAAUAAAUGGCUUGGGGCCGUUUCUGGAAUUGCUCGAGGCUCGAAAGGACCCGUCGCAACGGACAAAGGGCCUAUUAACAGUAUGGAUGAUCCUAUUAUGUGGGGUGCACUUCCUCUGCGAUGGCACUUCGGGCUCGCCUCAUAUAACAAGCGAUGGGGUUUCGGUAGCCACGAUAUCUGUUAUCAGGGCCGUGCUACCGACACAUCGACUAGCCCACUCAAAGUACGGCGGUCUGGCGCAACCGGCUGUCACGCAGGCUAUCCGUUUACUGUCGAAGGGACCGUUUCUCCCUGAUCCUCACCUUCCUCCACCCGAAAGACAGCACUGGAGCUUGGAAAAUGUCUGCGUCGAUCCAUUUUCAGAUCUCCCGACAGCGUACACAACCAAUGGAACGGACUCGCAUCUAGCCCCAUCCGCUUAUGCGUGCAAUUCGUACUCCUGGGUCCAUAUCUUCCCUGAGGGAAUGAUACACCAGGCUCCAAACAAGACGAUGCGUUAUUUCAAGUGGGGUGUUGCUCGAUUGAUCCUGGAAGCCAGUGAGUGUCCUGAUGUGGUGCCCAUUUGGUUAGAAGGAUUCGACCAGGUCAUGCACGAGAGUCGCGAGUUCCCUCGAUUCCUUCCCCGGGUCGGAAAGGAUAUCAGCAUCACAUUCGGGAAAAAGGUAGACAGCGAGGCAGUCUUUGGGGACAUGAGGAGACGCUGGCGCGACAUUAAGGCCAAGGCCGAAAUGGAUUCACCCGAAACUCGCGACCUACCACUAGGCGUGCUUAGUGAGGAGCUCUUGCAUGGCGAAGAGGCAGUUGAGUUGCGGAAGGAGGUGACGAAGAAAGUGCGGGAUCUUGUUCUAGAAGUGAGACGAACAAGAGGCCUCUCUGACGAAGAUCCUAAACAAGGACUCGUGGAAACAUGGAUUCAGGAAGGUCCACAGAGGGAAGGCAAAAUGGAAGAUGAAUCAUGGGUCAGGGACAUAUGA